UUCAAAAUAAAACGCUAAACGAUUGCAAGUCUUCUACAGUCUUCUACUUACUAACUAUUGAAGUUGUAUAAUUAUUUACAUGAAUAUGAGAUAAAAUUUCUUGGAUACAGAUAGUAAUUAAGCAAUUAUUUCUUCUAUAUUAUUCAAUCCAUUAAAUUAUAUAUACCCAAGACAAAAUUCGCUGCUAGAGUCGUUAUCAGAAAUCAUACUUAAAUAUUAUAGUGUUUAUAAUUAAUAAGGUAUAUAGCAGAAUGUCGUGUGAAUUAAUAGUGAGGCCUUCGAUGCCAGGAGAUAUGCAGAAGCGUCAAGAAAUCGUACGAAAUGCUUAUUCCACGGGUUUUAUAGACACCUUUUUCUUCUUUUUUUUUCAAGAGUUGACACUAGAGUGUUGUGUGCUGAGUGGUGCAGUGCUGUUCAUAUUUUGCGGUGUGUCAGCUCGCGGCUGCUUGCUGCUGGUGCCGGCGGUGGUCGCCGUGGUCUCUGCUGCUGUUCUGCUUCAACAGUACACUCUGGCACACAAACAUGCUCAGAGUAUACAUGGAGAAAUGUUCGGCGUGGUGGUGGAAGCCCGCGGCGCGCUGCUGCCGCCGGCCGGCGCCGUGCCCAUCCGCCUGCGCCUGAACGACGGCCGCCACGACGAGAGCCGAGGCUACAUGUACACACAUAUAGUGGGGACUGCGAGUGUGUCGGAAUUUUGGGGGUCGAUGCGGAGCGGAUGGCUGCACUCGCUGGCCGUCGACGUUCAGUGGCAGAGGCGCGGCGCGGGCGCGGCGCUCGUGAGCAGCGCGCGGCAGCUGGGCGCCGGCGCGGGCCUGCAGUCGCUCGAGUGCGUCGUGAGCCCGCUGCAGAGCGCCGCCAAGCGCCUGCUGCAGGCGGCCGGGUGGGAGUGUCGCGGCUCGUACGAGCGCGCGGUGGUGGGCGCAGCGCUGACGCUGCCGCUGCUGCGGCUGGGCACCGACCUGCCGCUCGCCUGACCGACGCGCCCCGCGAUCCACAUUCGAAAACUUGACCGGAGUAAAAUGUUCGAAUAUUUAAAUUUUGGAAAUUAAUGACUAAAGCGGAUUUGAAGCGGGCUGUGUUUAGCUAUAUUUGAAACUUGAAAUCGAAUACAAUUGAUCGCUUAAUUAUAUCAAAGUAAAAUAUUAAACUAAUUUGAAAUUUUUUAGGAAUAUAAAUAAAUCGAUUACGAGGAUAAUAAUAUGAACUUUCGCCUUGCCGGGUCGACGCCUGACCAAAUUUCCAAGACGAGUACGAGUUGGUACAUUCUAUUCAAACAAAAACAUAGCAUGUCCGCGACUCGCGAGUUUUGCACGCGGUACAGUACAUUACAGUACGGUACAGUACAUUUAGAAACUACGUUUAGAUACCCAUAUCACUAUUCACUAACACAUUCAUCACAUCACACAUCUACUUAGUACAUUUCAUAAAUUAUUGCUUUUGUAAACAUUAUAACUAACAUGUUGUCAAGCGUAAUCAUCAUCCUUGCGGUAAGCGCCAGCCAUAUUACUCGUGAUCGUGCGGGGUGACGUAAGUGUUUACAUUUGGCGGGAGGCGGAGAGUGUCAGUUCUGUAGCGUUAGCUACUAUUAUUGGCCGAUUAAGAAGAGCUGGAACGUAAACACAUUCCACGUAUUGUGUAGUGUCUAUGAAGUCGCGCGCGGCGUGACGUCAUACUGCAUACGCAUCAUGAAGUCUGCCAGUUUCUCUCGCGCGCAGACUAGCUUAUAUGAGAGUUAAGGGGACAAUUAUUGUUUUUAUUUUGCAAUUGCUUAUAAAUACAGGGUGAUGUAAUUUAAACAAAGACGUUAGGUACACUACUAACUAUAUUCGACGAGAUAACUACUUCGCGGCACGCGGAUUAGAAUAUUUUUUUACUUUACCUAGGUUAAAUUAUGGAAUAAUUUUG